AUGAUGCAGCAUCAACUUCCUCCCCAACGUCCUGCCUUCUCAUCGCCUCCUCCUCCGAUGAUCAAUAACAACUCUUCAACCACCACCACGGCCAACACUAUGGUUGGAACCGCUUCUCCACAUGCCCAAGACUUCAUGGAUAGGUGCUUGGGAAAGGUUCCUGGUUCUCAAAGAUUCUGGGAUUAUUGCUUUACGAUAUUUAUGCUUCUGUUUGUUCUGAUUGGAGUUGCCAUUGUCCUAUUAGUAGCUGUGUUCUAUCACAACCGAGUAAUUUUUAUUAUUGAUAGUGAAUGUAAUGCUCUCGGAAAGAAAGAUAUUAUUUUACCUUCCAAUCUUGUGAGUUCAUUUUGGAAGCGAUGUCAGACAGCAGGAGAUAGUCAAUAUCCAACAUCAUUUAACUAUGCUUUGAAAGAUAUUAAAUGUAUGAAAUCCACAAGCUAUGGAAGAGUGUUGAAUACUGGAAAAUUAUCAAAUUUGAAAAAGACAAUUGUGAAUAACGUCGUUUCAAUCGCGGAUACAUUUUUACAGGAGAAAGGAGUUUGUGACUCACAAAGAGCUACUCUCCUCAAGAUUCAAAACAAGUACAAAACCUAUGCUGCAAAACUUAGCAACAACCAGGAUGUCAAUCUUCCCAAGUAUUUCAAAACAUACACUCUAACUCAAGCUUUUGAGCAAGCCCUUGCAACAAACAACGCAAAUCAAAAAGAUUCACUUGCUGACAAGAAAGUGUCAUGGUAUUCAACUAUACCAGAAUACAAAAACAUACCAGAUCAGGAUGGAAUAGCCACAUUUGGUGUUGCUCUUUCUUCAAAAUUUGAUGAAGCACAAUGGGAUUCUGUUUUACGUCAUGAAUCUAGUGACUCUAGUUCCAGACUAUGGGUUAGAUUGAAUCUCACCGAGACAGUUCCUCUUUUCACAACUGAUAAUUUUGAUCACUUGACAAAUUUCGUGGUGUCUGACACGGCCAAUCUUACCCAAUUUUAUGAAAUUAUCAACCAACAAGUCCAAGAUAAUUACAUUAAGAGCUUAAUUCUUAACCAAACUGAUUUUGUCAUCAGCUAUACUGAAAUGAGAGCUGAGCUCAUGUUGUUGAAUCUUGCCAGAAUUAAUAGUGGUGACAGAGGAAACGUAAUGGCUGAAGCUUCAAUGAUUAUAGGCGUUCCAAAUGGUGACUCCAUUGAUCAGAGAAUUUUGUUGACUUGGGGUGAUGUCAAAGAGGCACCUCAAGAAGGAAUUUUACAAAGACUUGCUGAAGGAAAUCUUCAAUCUUCAUUCAUGGUCCAAGGCUUUUCAAAAGAUUCUGUAUUUAGCCAAGAUCUCCUUAAUGUUGUGGAUAGAAUGGACAGCACGUACACUUUCACCACAACUGAUGUUAUUUGUAACACUAGAUCACAAACUACGAUUGAUAAGGUUGACUUAAACAAAUGUAGCUUGCUGAAACGAGUACUUCAAUGGAAUCAAGACACGGCCUUUACCUCAAUUACCGCACCAACUCUUUACAAUCCCUCGAACAAGUUUUAUCUUGGCCUCAAGCUUUACAAAUCGUCCAAUGUUGAUGUUUUUGAAGAAUUAGCUAAUGGCAGAGCUGAUGAAUUCCACUUUUAA